CAUGUGAUCCUUGUACAUGUGGUUGCGUCAUGAGUGUCAUGUAGAUGGAAAAGGUGAUAUUGGCAGAUAGUAAACAAAGUUAAGUGAAUAGUGAGGAAACGGAUUGCGGCGUCUAUACAUAUAGUUUUCGAUAUGGAAGAAUACAAUGGAAAUGGAACUGAUCUCUACAGCCAUCACGGAGUGCUGUUGAAGAUUCAUGGAAGUCAUGGAAAAGAUGAUGACGGCCAUAGUUUGGGCACCUUGAGUAUUGUGGAAUUUCCCACAGGAAAGGCUAUUGAGUGGAAAACAUCAGAUGUGUCUGUUGAUUCAGAGACUCAUGACCAAGAUUGGUCUGUUGUACAUACUGUCGGGAACCGUACUCGAACAGUGAGCUCUUCAAGUGCGGAUAGUCAGGCACAAAGCAGAUGUCUUCGAAUUCCUUUAUCGGAUGUCAAAAGUUUCAGAGUCACAAGAAAUAAGCAACAGCUCACUGUAAUGCAGAGAGAUGGAUCAGUACACAGUUCAUUCUUCUUUCAGAAUGGAAAUGCAGAUUGUUUUGUAGAUGCGUUGAAAGGAAAUUUAAAGACUGUGAGGUCUAAAAAGGAUAAGAAUCUGUACUUAAUUCUGGACCAGCCAGAGAGCCAAGUUCUAGAUCGAUCCUUUGCCGAGCUGGAUCUGUUCACAGAAAAUACAACUUAUGCAGUAUGGAAGUUUGUCAAAAACCUUCACAAUCACCCUUAUGAGACAACAAUGGAAGCAUUCAGCAAGCUGACUGAUGUUUUGUUGUACAAACCAAAUGAGCCUGAGGAACAGGAAGUAGCAGAAUUAUUAAAUCGAAGUCUGUCACUGGAGGGGACACCAUCUCCACCACCAGGAGCAGCAGAAGGCUAUGAAGUGAUUGGGCGUGUGCUACCACCCCGCCGAAGUGUUCGUCGGGGACCACCACUGUCGGCGGAGGAAUGGUCAACUUUUAUCACCGCUGACCCCUGUCAUCGAGAUGUUGAUAAAAUCAAAGCUACCAUUUUCAGAGGGGGUGUUUUACCAAAUAUCCGGUUAGAUGUAUGGAAAUACCUCCUGGGAUACUACCCCUGGACUUCUACAGAAGAAGAAAGACAGCAAAUAAAGAGAAAUAAAACUGAUGAGUAUUACCAAAUGAAACUGCAGUGGCGGACCAUAACACCAUCACAGGAACUGAGGUUUUCAGACUUUCGGGAGAGGAAAAGCCUCAUUGAGAAGGAUGUCAACCGCACUGAUCGUACAAUACAAUUCUUUGCUGGCGAUAACAAUUGCAAUCUUCAAGUAUUGUCAGAUGUCCUGAUGACAUAUGUCAUGUAUAAUUUUGAUUUGGGAUAUGUCCAAGGAAUGAGUGAUCUCCUGUCGCCAAUACUUGUCAUUAUGAACAAUGAGGUGGAAGCAUUCUGGUGUUUUGUGGGUUUUAUGGACAAAGUGUUCUCAAAUUUUGAGUUGGACCAGGCUGGUAUGAAGCUGCAACUCCAGCAGCUCCACACUCUUUUAGCUGCUGCGGAGCCUCAGUUAGCAACAUACCUUGAUCAAAAUGAUUCCGCAAAUAUGUUCUUCUGUUUCCGUUGGCUACUUGUUCUUUUCAAGAGAGAAUUUCCUUUACAUGAUGUCAUGCGGCUUUGGGAGGUAUUAUGGACAGAUUUGCCAUGCCCAAACUUUCAUCUUCUUAUCUGCGUAGCUAUUUUGGACACGGAGAAAAACAACCUUAUUGGCAACAGAUAUGGUUUUACAGAAAUAUUGAAGCAUGUAAAUGAUCUGUCCCUGCAUAUUGACUUGGAGCUCAUUCUGUGCAAGGCAGAAAGUAUUUAUCUGCAAUUGUCUGAGGCCACAGAACUCCCUGAUGCUGUUCGCAGGAUAAUUGGACUUGCACCAAUAGAAACAAAUGGCCAUGCCACAGAUGGGGGCAGCGAUGAUGAAACAAAUCAUGUAGCUGAUGGUCCAGUUCGUGAGGGUCCACACUCAAUUGACUCAGUCACUUUAGUUGCUGGUUUGGGAGAAGCUGCUUAUGAAAAAGGACUUGAUCUGCACUACACUUAAAAGACUGAGGACUUCACAGUUGCAAGCUGUUUGUUGUUGUAAUGCUGAAAAUUCAAACCACUGAAGGCGGAUGGAAUAGCUGGAGAUAUAACAGACCUUGAGGAAUAAAAUUAAUGAAUAAUGUGCACACUGACUGAAAUCAACUUUUGAUUUUAACUACAGAAGUGCAAGGAAAAGGUAAUUGCUACUUACUGUAAAGAGGACACGUAAAGUUGCAGACAGGCACGACUAAGACCCUUAUACAUUAGUUUUCGGCUACAGUCUUUGUGAGGAGGAAACACACACACACACACACACACACACACACACACACACACACACACACACACACACACACAUUCACAAAAAGCAAGCACACUUCAUACACUUAUAACUGCCAUCUUCGGAAUCUGACCCGAGCUGCUGGUCAAGUUUGUGAGAGAUGUGCUUGCAUUUGUGGAUGAAUGUGUGUGUUUCUUUUUCUGACAAAGGCUGUGGUCGAAAGCUAAUGUGUAAGUGUCUUUUAGUUCUGCCUGUCUGCAACUUAAUGUGCCAUCUUUACGGUAAGUGGCAAUCUACCUUUUCCUUAAAUUGUUGAUAUUCCAACCUGAAGUUUCCAUUGUUUCAAUUUUAACUUACUCUUGAAUUAGUAACGCCAAUUUCUUGAGUCUAACUGAGAAAUUCUGGAAAGAAUGACAUUUGGUCCUGAUGAUGAUGUCUGUGAGUAUUAUAAACUGUUUGUGAGUAUUUUAAAUGCAUUUUUUUAUUGGGCCCAGUUACAUAAAAUUUGUCCAAGAACUUUACAGUUUUGACCUCACUGGCCAUGAGAAGGUCUGCAGAAUUGUGUAUCAUGUAGAUCUGAAGAUAGUGAUGAUGGCUGAAAUUGGUAAUUUCUUGUGGCAAGUUAAUGUGGCUGCUGUGGAAUAAACUAUCUAAAACAAAUAAUUCAGAUGUACGCACUCUACAGUAACACCCCUAAAAUACCAUGAUGUCUCCAGAAAACUAUUAUUGUUAAUUUUGUCAUCAUCAUUGAUUGAAGGGUAUAUUUACCAGAACUGUUGUUAGUUAUGGCUAGGAUCUGCAUAUUAUAUUGAGAAAGUGUCAAAGCGGUAAUUAAAUGUGAAAACUUUCUCGAAGACACAUGACUUAGCCUAUGUAAGGCUGUGGAGAACAAUCAAAUCUGAAGUUCUUCAUUGGAAUCAUGUAUUGUAAAUUAAUUUUAAUUUAGUUGUAUAUACAUUUGUACCAAAAAAAGAAAGACUGCUUUUAGUAUUGUGCAGUUAAUUGAACCAAGUUAUUUAAUGGUCCUAAUAUUGUGCACUCUUCUGCAGUAUCUGUGGGUAAACCUCAACGUGUACAAAUACAUUUGUAUUAUCUACAUAAUGCUGUUCCUGAAGUAUCUGCAUGAGUUUCUUAAUUCUGUCACUCAAUGUUAAAGAAAAUAUAUCUAACUUUUGUAAAUUUUAUAUAUAUAAACAAGCCAUUUCAUGAACAUGA